AUGGAGAAUAAUCCUUUAAUGGCGGCGCGUGUGGUUGUGGCAUAUGAUGCUACCAAGGAUCGCACGGAACAAGAGUUUAAGAGCAUAUUUGAUAAUAUUCGAUUGCGGGGUGAUCUUCUUCGCGGAGGUGAUACAUUGAUGGUGCUUGGAGUUUUGCAUAAAGUGCUUCACCCCUGUCCUAGUUUGUUCCCGCUUGAAGGAAUAGAGCUAUCAUGUCAGGCAACUGAAUCUUUUUAUCAAGAUUUACUUGGAAGUGGUUGUAGUGGUUACAAACAAAGAAGUGCAGAAGAGUGGAAGGGGUUCCCAAAGUUUACCUGCAAAGUGGGUUACCAAAUGCAAGCAUCCCCUCAGUCUUCUGCUGGAGCACACAAUCGUGCACUGGAAGAAGAAGUUUCAAAGAAAGUUGACACAUAUGUGACCAUGCUCAUGCAUAGUGCUGAAGGAUUUGAAGAGCAGGGGGUUGACAUUGAAGUCAAGAUUACUGCUGGAACUCCACCGAAGCAGGUUGUUGUACAAGAGAUUACAAAUUGUAAUGCAACUUGGGUCAUUCUUGAUAGGCACUUCCGACGGGAUUUUAGGUUUUACCUUAAACAGAUACCUUGCAAAAUUGCAUUCAUUCAAGAUAACUUGUCUGUAGAAGUUUUGAGAUCUCAUAAUUCUACUGAUACAGAUAAUAUAGAACAUAAGUUGGUCUUUUCUAAGUCCAAGCCUGUUCCUCUGUUGGCUGUUCAAGAUAAUGAGAACAAUGAGCAAUCUGUUAUCUCCUGCGGAAGCUUUUCUGCAUCCAUGAGUUCCAUGGAAAGCUCUGACGUGCUUAAAAGCAACUUGCCGUCUUCAUUCAUGCAAAGGCCACGGGAGUAUAGCUUUCUAUCACAUGUUGAUAUUGCCUCUAUUUCUAAGCAAGAUAAAUCAGGUAGGCAAACCAAAGGGGAAAAUAAGUAUAUUUCUUCACCAAUCCUCCAGAAACCACGAGAAAGUACUAGCAGGCAUAGAUCCUCUGAUGCACCUGUUCUUUGUGCUUCUUGUGGGAUCAAGACUGACAUGUCUAUGAAGGAUACAAUGAGAUUUUCUUUCUCUGAGAUACAACUUGCAACAGGUGAUUUUUCAAAAGAGAAUUUGUUAGGAGAAGGGGGAUAUGGUCAUGUGUAUAAAGGUCAGCUUAAAGAUGGGCAGCUCAUUGCUGCUAAGGUACGGAAGGAAGCGAGUUCACAAGGAUUCACGGAAUUUCAUUCUGAAGUAAAUGUCCUUAGUUUCGCACGUCACAAGAACAUAGUGAUGCUGCUUGGGUAUUGUUGCAAGGAAAACCUUAACAUUUUGGUGUAUGAAUAUAUCUGCAACAAGUCCCUUGAUUGGCAUCUCUUCGAUGAAGCAGGAAAUGUUCUGGAGUGGCACCAAAGACAUGCUAUUGCCAUUGGAACUGCAAAAGGACUGCGUUUUCUACAUGAAGAAUGCCGCGGAAGUCCUAUAAUUCAUCGGGACAUGCGGCCAAGCAAUAUAUUACUCACACACGAGUUUGUGCCCAUGGAUUAUGUUAAUCAACUGAGGAAACGAAUAGGGCAUCAUGCUUAA